AGGAUAUCUAGGAGAAAUGAAUAGAUGGAUGGAAAGAGGGAGACAGAGGGGGAGAGGAAGCACAAGAAGUGGACCCACCGAAUAACAGACCUUUCUAAAUAUGAUCUAACCGACUCCAUGGGCAAUUGACGGGAAAUGGCAAAAUAUUGGUCUCUACAUCAAGUUGACAACAUCAAUUGGAACGACCAUCGUCAUGAUGACGUGUUGCGAAAAGAGGCCCAUCGUCAAGAUGUUGUUCCUCUACUUGUUGUUUCUCAGUCCUCUGGAUAAGUUCCAAUUUAGCUUCCACAACCAAGCCACUCCCAAGACGUGCUCCAGGUCCCAAUCAGCUAUUGUCCGGCAGUUGAUCCAAAAGCUAUGGCGUCCCAUCUUCAAACGGUUUGCCCAAAAGAUGCCUGCUCAGUGUCCACUCCAUUUUGGGCGAGACCACUUUGGACCCCAAGAGUUGGCAAAGAACGAGUUCCGCGCGGAUCUGUGGAUGUGCAAAAUCUGCGGAAAGCCCUUCCAGUCCCACUCUCAUUUGGACCUUCAUUUGGCCAAAUUCCACGGCGAUUCCGUGUUCCAGGCUGACGAAUCAGUGUGCUUGGGCGACUUUUGUGAUAUCUUUCGCUGCCAUGGCUACCUUCCGGCCAAUCUAAGUGCCCUCGAGGACUCGACUUAUCUAGAGGAAAUCACGGAUCUCGAACAAUACGAUGCCAUUUAUCCAGACCUGAAAGUUCCAAAGCCUGACAUCGGGAUGACUGAACUCAUUCCGGGGCCGCCAGAAACGCUUUUGAAAUUGUUAAAGUUGCAAGAAAAAGAGAAACGAAGCAAAGAAGCUACCAAGGAUGAAGAAGACAUUGGCUUCUUUGGCAGCUCUUUCUUCCAACAGGGAUUCUCGUCGUCCAUUUUUGACUCACAAACUAGGCAGAGAAAACAGGGUGCGAGUCAAGAAGCGAUCUCCAAGGAUUUGACACCGAACAAGAUUCGACGGAAAGAUACCAUUCAGCGUAGUUCGAGAGCCCAAAAUGUGUUCAAAAACAUCUUUAUGGAUGAGGAAGAGUCCAGUGCCAGUUCAAAGGACGGCAAUGGCUCCCAGGAACAAGUUGACCGUCUUGAAGAGGAGACACUCUUAGAAAUUUGGAAAAUCCCUGAUGAUCCAGAUGAAGCUCAUUGUGAUGACACGGAGAUGACUCACCUGAAAGAAAAGUGUGAGUCCUUGCUUUGGACCUGUACCUCUCCACUCACUUUGGCUUUGGAGGACGAAAAAUUCCAAGAAUUCCAGGGCAAACUUCAUCGCAAGACGUGUUUUUAUCUGAGCUGUGAUCAGUAUUGGAACUUCUUGGAUAUCAAUGGUCGAUCCAGAUACCCUCAGUUUCUUGGCCAUCGACUCACGUUCCGUUUGAUGAUCCUGCUUUCGAUCUGUAUGUCGGUUAUUCUAGGAGCAGCCUUCUAUUUGGUGUGGUUUUGCUUCUAGAACCAUCCUUGACCCUCUUUUCUUCACUGGUUCAAAGCCUUGAAGGACGACAGAAGCAUCCUCAUCCCCAGAGGUCAACCAACCCAAAAAGUCAUACUAGCUAUAUAUAUACAUGUUACUCAAUAAGUUUUAUCAGCCUUAGAAAUAGACGAAACAUACAUGGA